GUCGGAACGAUCUUCGUGAACUCCAUCAGUAACCUCCUUGCCACCAGUGGCAUGAGCGCGAAGCUCCAGGUGAAGCCCUUGGAGGCCGUUCAGCGGGUGCUCGGUGGCUUUGAACUGGCAAUGGGUGAAAUCCGACUGGGUUCACUGCAGUAUGGGCAGUCGACUGACGUCUUGCUGCAGACAGACCCUGAGGCAGCGCCGCUCGAGAUACAGCUCCAAGUGCAGUCCCUGAGCGGGCCCAUCACCGUGACUUCCACGCCGCUCUCUCCAGACGAA